UCCUAGCCCGGGGGAUCCUGGGACUAGGCCUUUCCGGAAGGACCGGCUGGGCGUCCGCGGCUAGGCCGUGUUCCAGGCCCGUGUUCCAGACCCUUGCUCCAAGACUGGCGGGUAGCCGCGGCGACGCUCCGGUGACAGCGGAGGGCGCAACGGGCCGCUCGCCGAGGUUCCCGGCCUCGCCGCCGAGCGAGCCGCGGAGCCGCAGUACGUGGCGGUGCCUGCCGCUUGGCCCGGAGCGGAACUGCUGGAGGAGCGGCAGCGCAGGCCGGACAAGGUGAACCGGGUCGCUUAACUGCCUUUAGAUGAUGAAUCAUCUGCAUAACAACAGUCAGAGUUGAGGACCACAGCCCUUUGUGGUCCAGCUGCAGAACAGUUUUAAGUGGAUGCCUGACUGGUGUAUUCUGAGGGGUGCCACGGUGACUGCUUGCCCUUGAGAAGGAAGCGAGCCCUCUUGCUCUUUGGUUGUCCCCGGUUCCUUGAAAGCAUUCCGGUUUUAACCUCUUUCUCCGGCAUCUUUGUGCAAGAGGCUUUCCCAUGAAAGUGUCUCUUGGUAACGGCGAAAUGGGCGUCUCCUCCCAUUUACAGCCUUGCAAGGCAGGAACCACACGAUUUUUUACCAGCAAUACCCACAGUUCGGUGGUACUGCAAGGCUUCGAUCAGCUUAGAAUAGAAGGAUUGCUUUGUGAUGUGACUCUCGUACCGGGUGAUGGAGAUGAAAUCUUCCCCGUUCACAGAGCUAUGAUGGCGUCUGCUAGUGAUUAUUUCAAGGCUAUGUUCACAGGCGGAAUGAAAGAACAAGAUCUAAUGUGCAUUAAACUUCAUGGGGUGAACAAAGUUGGUCUGAAGAAAAUAAUUGAUUUUAUUUAUACUGCAAAACUUUCUCUUAAUAUGGAUAAUCUUCAGGACACACUCGAAGCUGCUAGCUUUUUACAAAUUUUACCUGUUUUGGACUUCUGUAAAGUGUUUCUUAUUUCAGGAGUCUCUUUAGAUAACUGUGUUGAAGUUGGGCGAAUAGCUAACACCUAUAAUCUUAUAGAAGUGGAUAAAUACGUCAAUAAUUUUAUCCUGAAGAAUUUUCCUGCAUUACUGAAUACUGGAGAGUUUCUAAAACUCCCUUUUGAACGGCUUGCCUUUGUGCUUUCCAGUAAUAGUCUUAAGCACUGUACUGAACUUGAGCUCUUCAAGGCUGCCUGUCGCUGGCUAAGGUUAGAAGACCCUCGGAUGGAUUAUGCUGCAAAAUUAAUGAAGAAUAUUCGUUUUCCACUGAUGACACCACAGGACCUCAUUAAUUACGUGCAGACGGUAGAUUUCAUGAGAACAGACAAUACCUGUGUGAAUUUGCUUUUGGAAGCUAGCAAUUACCAAAUGAUGCCAUACAUGCAGCCGGUGAUGCAGUCAGAUAGAACUGCCAUUCGAUCGGACUCAACACAUUUGGUUACAUUAGGAGGAGUUUUGAGGCAGCAGCUGGUUGUCAGUAAAGAAUUAAGGAUGUAUGAUGAAAGGGCACAAGAGUGGAGAUCUUUAGCCCCCAUGGAUGCUCCGCGGUACCAGCAUGGCAUUGCUGUCAUUGGAAACUUUCUUUAUGUGGUUGGUGGUCAAAGUAAUUAUGACACGAAAGGAAAAACUGCUGUCGAUACAGUUUUCAGAUUUGAUCCUCGGUAUAAUAAAUGGAUGCAGGUUGCAUCAUUAAAUGAGAAGCGUACUUUCUUCCACUUGAGUGCCCUCAAAGGACAUUUGUAUGCUGUUGGUGGGCGAAGUGCAGCUGGUGAACUGGCCACAGUAGAAUGUUACAAUCCAAGAAUGAAUGAGUGGAGCUAUGUUGCAAAAAUGAGCGAACCCCACUAUGGCCAUGCUGGAACAGUGUAUGGAGGCUUAAUGUAUAUUUCAGGAGGAAUUACACACGAUACUUUCCAAAAUGAGCUCAUGUGUUUUGACCCAGAUACAGACAAAUGGACGCAGAAGGCUCCAAUGACUACAGUCAGAGGUUUGCAUUGCAUGUGUACAGUUGGAGACAAGCUCUAUGUCAUUGGUGGCAAUCACUUCAGAGGAACAAGUGAUUAUGAUGAUGUUCUAAGCUGUGAAUACUAUUCACCAACCCUUGACCAGUGGACACCAAUUGCUGCUAUGUUAAGAGGUCAGAGUGAUGUUGGAGUUGCUGUCUUUGAAAAUAAAAUCUAUGUUGUAGGUGGAUAUUCUUGGAAUAAUCGUUGUAUGGUAGAAAUUGUCCAGAAAUAUGACCCAGAAAAGGAUGAGUGGCAUAAAGUUUUUGACCUUCCAGAGUCACUUGGUGGCAUUCGAGCUUGUACUCUCACAGUUUUUCCACCUGAAGAAAACCCUGGGUCACCUUCUAGAGAAUCACCUCUUUCAGCACCUUCAGAUCAUUCUUAGGACUAAGAUGUUAUAUCUUUACAGUGCAUCGUGGUGAUCUUAUAUUUUCCCUCAGUUGUAUCUUUUUCCAAGGAUUGUUAAAGGUAUUAGAUAAAAAGGUAACUGAUGUUAUUCGUACUGUUUGACUUAGUGUGUUUACCAAACGAUUAAAUGCCUUCUGAAAAUGUAUUCAACAUAGCCAGCUGUUUUAACAAAUGUAAAAAGAUCUUAAAAAAAUGUUAGAUGUCUUUUUGUGGUGGUGUGUAAGUCAAAGUGUAGGUGACUGUAGUAAAUAUAAUUAUGUUCAUUAUGCUUCAAAGUUGAAAGUUUUCAUCUUUUCAGAACAUCAAAGGGAGGCUGCCAGCUCUAACCUAAAAUAAAAUUGCCAAGUAUUAUUAGCUACCUCCCUUUUUUCAGAGUUUUUGAUAUAGCUGCCAGCUUACCAGAUUGUGUGGGUUUAUUCAGAAUAUGUAAAGUUACUCAAGCAGACAGCAGAAAUAAUAAAUUAAAACAUAUUAACUCAAAAAAAUAGUAUAGCCCUAAAUCAGAGUUUGUAUCUCUGGAGAGAAGGAAAAGAAGAGAGAACACACACACACACGUACAUAUACACAUAUGUAUAUACACACAUACACAUAAUUUUUAAAUUGAUCGGCACUUCAGAUAAAGUGAAAUUGUUUCUAAAUUUAAAUUCUCUCUUCCUACCUAGCAGCUAUUUCUAUUCAAAUGGCAAUUAAGUACCAGAGAAUAAAGGUCUGUAUAGUCAUAGUGAACUGAGAUAGAUAAGCACUACAUUAAAUCGACAACCGAGUUUUUCAUUUGACUAAAUUGUUACUUCAGAUGAAACGUAUUACUUUUUCUGCUUAUAUAUUAUUUUCUGUAGAGUUACUUUUUUACAUAUUUAGCAAAGUUCAGGUUUCAGAGAAUUGCUUUUGCUCAGUAAACUUAGGCUCUGCUACUUUUACUUUGUGUAUAGCAAAACAUAAAAGCAAAAAAAGAAAUAGGCUGAACAAAGCUAUAGAAUUUUAAGUUCAGUCUCCCAGUUUAGUUAUCUUAACAAGAUUGUUUGAUUCAGAGUGCUUGCCCUGGUGCUUCUCCAGCCCAUGUGCAUCCUGAGCUUUGUGUGAUCUGCCUCAAUGCUAUGAUAUGAGCAAGCAGGAGAUGUGCUGUGUUCUGCAUGGAAUCAGAAAAAUGUCCUUUUGGCCAUGUCUAAAGGACAGGACCAACUUCAGAUUCCCUAAAGGGCCAACUACAGAAUUCCCUAAAGGGGCAACUACACUGCUAUCUUGCAGGCAGUACUAAAGUAGUUCUUCAGCCUCUUCAGUACCAAGGGCAUCCUUGCUGGUUGAGAACCACAUUGGGAGAUCUUAAUGGGACCUUAUCAGCAAACAAUCAUAGGAAUCCUCUGUACUGAGUGAUUCUUAAGAAAUAGUUUCCUGGAAUGUCUACCUGAAGGAAAAAUUUACAUACAUAUAUUUACAUAUAUAUGUAUAUAUUCCUAUACUUGGGAGAUUGUCAUAGUGUAUUAGGAACAGCCUUUUCUUUGUUGACAGUCCCAUAAUAAAACUCAGGAACCAAGACAAAAGGUAUUGGCUUCCAGGAAUGUGAACUGUACUGCCCAUACAAGUGUUGAUUCAUUCUAAUGCUUUUUAUGACUUCUGCAUUGGCAGAAAUUUUCAUACUUUCUAUGUUUUUUUAAAAUGACUCAGUUUUAUUUUGUUAUUAAUAGAAAUAACACAUUUGAGUACAUUUAGAAAUUAGACAAAGUAGAAAUUGCUGUUAACCUUGUGCAUUGACUAAGCAAGAAAUGGCAUCCCCAUAAUUUACUUGAUUAUUAAUGAGGUUAAAUAUUUGUGUUUUUUGGGUAGCAGUGUUUCCUCUUUGAUCAGAUGUUCAUGUCCUUAACCUUUUGGCAUUGCUUUGUUUUUCAUAUCAAGUUUUAGGAUCUCUUUAUAUAAUAAAUAUAAUUUAACUGGCAUUUGCUUGUAUUGAUAUUUGUUCUCAGUCUAUUACAGUUUUACAAAGACAGGCCAUUCAGUUAAUUUUUGAGAUCAAAUUUGUCCAUAUUUUUUGCAUUUUGACCUUUUGGGGUAAUUUUGCUUUCUUUUUAAGAUAAUAUUGACGUCACAGUCUUUGUCCUUUAUGUAUCACUUUGUCAGUGCUAAUUAACAUGCUAAGGUCGAAAUUACUGCUUGUCUCCUGUUAAAUAGCUUUUCUUCCUGAUUGAAAUGGAGAUGAAUUUUCUUAUAAAUUUAUAAAAAUUCCUCUUAUAUUAAGAAUAUUAAUUCUUAAAUACGAAUAGUAAUCUUUGUUUACAGCAAAUAUUUUCCCCUCUUUUUUCUCUAAGUAUAUGUCUUAACAUACUUGGUUUUCUUGUAAUGUAGUGAAGUUAGUUUUUCCUUUGCUAUUUUUUAAUGCUUUCUUGCUUAAUUUUUUCCCAUCACAAGAUGGUGUAAUUAUCCCAGUAUUCUGUUUUUGUUAUGGAUAUAACUUUUUACCAGACUUAUGGUAUAAAAUUUAAUGUAUGUUUUCAAAUUAUGCAAUUGUUCCAUCACCACUUUUUGAAUAAUCUUCACUUUCUCACUUAAUUUUUAAGCUUUUAAAAAUUAUAAUAAAAUUUCAUAUGUAAUAUAGGCAAUUUAGGGUAUUUUUCUUCAGUUCCAAUGGUCUUUUAUUCAAGGUGUCUUGGUUAUAUAGAUUGCUGUUUUAAAUGGUAUUUUGUUUUCACAUUAUAUUCCAAACUUUAUCACAGUAAUAGGAAAUACAUAGUUUUAGCAUGUGGAUUUUCUUUUAUCACUCAUUCUUACAAUUUUUUGGAUGAAACUUUACUCUCAUAGAUUCUUAACAGUUUUUUGGAGUAGAUUCUUUUGUAUUUUUACCUUAAAGAAUCAUAUUACCUGCAUAGUAUAAAAACCUUGUUUCUUAUUAUUUCUUAAAGCAUUGGUUAAUACUUGAGCAAAAUUACAGUGACACAGACAUUAUAUCUAAUAGGUAUUUUUUAUAAGGAUAAUUCUAGUAUUAGAUUCCUUUGUUAAAGAGAUAUUCUCGAUCCUAAAUAUUUGCUUAUUCCUCAUUAACUGGGUGUCUUAAAGUGAGGGAUUCAUAUUUUCAUCACAAAUACUUAAAGUUUAUUGAGGUGGCAGUUUAAUUUUUCUCUUUUCAGAUACUUAGAAGAGUUUUUUAGUUUUCCCCAAUUGCUGGGUUAGUAAAUACUCAUAUUGCUGAGUACAUUAUUAGUCUGUAUAGUUUAGAAAGCAAUUUGGCAAGAACAGUAAAAGAUUAUCUUCCAAAUUUCAUACAUUUUGGGCAUUCAGUGUAUUUCUAGAGUUAAUAAUAAAAAAAAAAGUAAGCCAGAAAAUGGUCAUCUCAGCAUGAUAUUUGUUUCCUAAUGUGAUCCCAUCAGACGUUCCAUAAAUUUACUUCAAAAACUGAAUUGUUUUGAAUUCUUCCCACUCUGAUUUUUGAUACAUUGUCUGUAUCUCUACUAUCUGUUGUUAAGUGUAUAUUUGAAUGGCUGAAUGAUGGUUAAAACAAAAAGACUUAGAUAGUAAUUAAAGAUGACUGCCCACUGCAAAA